AUGGCAAAAAGGAAAACCACCACCACCAACAAUAACCGAACAAAAGAAUCAAAAUCACACACACUCCCUUCAUCACCAUCACACUCAUUUUCAUCAUCUUCUUCCUCAGAUUUCGAAUUCACUAUCUCUAUCUCACCUCGCAAAUCUUCCAACCAUCUCUGUCCCGCAGAUGAACUCUUCUACAAAGGCCAACUCUUACCUCUCCAUCUCUCCCCUCGUAUCUCCAUGGUCCGUACUCUUCUCCUCUCUUCCUCCUCCACCUCCUCCGCCACUUCCUCCUCCACCGCUCCCCGUGACUCCACCGGUAGCACCAACUCAAACGACUCCACCUCUUCUUUCAUCAGUGACCUCGCUCUUUUCCCUGACUCUUGUGAUUCCUCUCGACCAAGUUCUGUCACUGAAGACGAUGAACUCAAACGUCUCAAUCUCAACAACAACAACAACAACAGAUCCAGUUCACAGUUGAAGAAAACCAACAAGUAUUUCUCUCUGUCACGAUUCUCCUCCGUUUUUCGUAGAGAUACCGUCGUUAAAACCAGAGCAAGCGAAACCGAAACCGUAGCUAGUAAUAUCAUCAACAACUCUUCCAUGAAACGAAUGAGUGUUACUGCGAAAGAGGUUAUUCGAAAAUACUUCAAGAAAGUGAAACCAUUAUACGAGAAACUUUCUCAAAAACAACAACCAACGGAGGAUGUUACACUUACAACAACUACAAACACAAAUACAACGUUAACGGUUAUGUCUCUGUUAACAAAAUCAGAGAGAUCUGUGAAGGAAAUGAAGAAAGAGAACGUGGGUAUGUUAUCUCAUUCGUUUUCUGGGAAUUUAAGGUAUCCAAGAAAGAGAAACUUCGUUUCAAGUUGUCCUUCUUCAAUGAGAUCUUCACCAAGUCAUUCUGGUGUUCUUUCAUCAAAAGCUGUUCUUCGUGAUUCUUCUUCCAUGGAAGAGUUGCAGAGUGCUAUUCAAGGUGCUAUUACUCAUUGCAAAAACUCUUUAAUCACCAAUCAUAAAACAGUGAUUAGUAGUAGUAAUAACCAAAUUAAUCUUAUCUAA